UCUCCCGAUCGGGCGACCUGAAGCGGCACCACAGAACGCACACGGGCGAGCGGCCCUACCAGUGCUUCCAGUGCGGGAAGAGCUUCUCCGAGUCGGGACACCUGAAGGAGCACCGGAGGAUCCACACCGGAGAGAAGCCCUACCACUGCAACCAGUGCGACAAGAGCUUCUCCCGGCUGGAGCGGCUCAAGGGCCACCAGAGCAUCCACACGGGCGAGAGGCCCUUCCACUGCACGCAGUGCGGCAAGAACUUCUUCCGCUCGGGAGAACUGAAGCGGCACCAGAGGAUCCACAGCGGCGAGCCAGCGUGAGCGCCGUCUCUGCAGGACUCCUCGUCCUCCUCAGUCACACGCUUCACUGACGUUUGGCCUUCGCUCGAGAUGAUGUGAUGGCCUUCCUGUAUGAACGCAUGUGAGCGGCAGACGGUUGACCGUCUUACUUGACUUACUGAACCUGUAAGACUGUAGAGGACAGCUGAUCACUGACUUUCUCUUUAUCUCCUAUUAGAAUUCAGCAUCUGCUGUCCGUUGUUAUAAAUGUGUGCACCUGUUGUAUGAAGCGCUACCUCUGCAUGCUCCAAAGCUCCAGCUGUCGCUCGGAUUUCACCGACUGACUGAUGGUCACGGGCUUCCUUCAUCUCACUCUGUAUGUUCAGAAAUAUAUAGUCCAGUGACUCAUUAGAACUAAAUUGUACAGGAGGAUAUUAUUAGUGUGUAUGCUCACAUUCCCUGUAUUUAAGGCAUCCUUCUCAAACUGUCUUUUUUGUUGUUUUUAAAUAUAAACCUGAACUGUUUUACUGUCAACAUGAUUUGACGCCACUGAAGCGUUUCUGAAUCCUCGUUUCGAUGUGAGCGUUUGGUUUGUCUCGACGGUGGCUCUGUUUUACUAGCUGCUGGAAAUCAUGUAUGUGAAACACCAAAUAACAUGUUAACGUUUAACCGUAACUCUCAACUGUCAUGAAAGAAGUUAUAAAGUAUAGAUGUGCUGUAAUUCAGCAGCUGUUUGUGAUCAGUUUUUGAGCACCAGAUGAUUAAUAUAGUAAACUGAGCUCAUAAAUCACAUUAGAUUUACCUUUUAGCUUUUUAAAAUGAGCUCUUUACAUUUAUUAUUGCUUUGAAUUGUCUUCUAUUUUUACCUUAUAUAUGUGUAUUUAACCAUCUGUAGCUUGUGUGUUCAGUUUAGAAGGCUUUAAUGGCAUCACAAAGGCUAUUUACAGUAAUGUGGAGGAUUGAAUUAUAAUUGUUUGGGUUCUUCAUGUGCAUUAAUGUUUUCUUCAUGUGUGUGUCAUCAUCCUUAAUAAACACUUCCCCUCUAAUUACAGCCGCACACAUGAACAUUCAGUUUAUUGGCCUUCUGUAACAUUUGACAUUUCCACUAUAGUCUGCCUCAUUAGAUCAUUAAACAAUCAUGUGAGAUGAACCGAGUAAGAAUCGUUUAAUGCUGAACGGAAUAGUUUUGCACGUCACACGACAUAUAUUCCUAUCUGUUACAGUAAAUUACUGGCCUCGAUUCAAAAUGUGAGAACGAAACAUUUUUAGACACAUUGUAUGUUUUAAUAUACAGAAAAAAAACGCUGCAAACCAUUUCCGCUCUGGUGGAAACGAUGCUCAUUUUACGACAGCCGCGUUGGUUUACGGCACAGAUCAGUCGGAAGUCUGGUAACCAGGGAGACGCCUGGAGGCACUGCGGCCGGCGCGAGAAGAGCGACUCCAUGGAGGUCCGUAAGCCGGUCCUGGAGCUGAAGGACGUCCCUCCUCCUCCCCUCCACAGCACCGGCUCUCAGCCAGGCAGCCUCAGCGUAAGCGUGUGUUCCCGCUGCGAGGCCAGCAUACACCUGCAGCAGAGUUUUAGUGAGGCCGGUGGAGGCUUUCCUCUGUGUCUCUCUCAGACAAACACCCGCACCCCCCCUCACCCCUCGUCUGUGGCUCAGAGUGGCUCCGGAGCGAGCUGCUGCGCCAGUCUGAGGCCGCUGCACGCCUGCGCUCUGUGUAAGCCGGCCCCGCCGGGCGUCUGUCACUGCCGCAGAGUGCAGCAGCACCCUUUCCCUCACGGUGACCCGUCCUCACCCUCUCACCUCUGCUCUAACCCUCUGCACCUGAGUGUCGGGCGCACGCCGCCGUGCCUGAAGGGCGCUCACUGUUUGCAGGAGUGCUGGAGAAAGAGUUUACAUGUUGACUCGGAGAAGGUUUGGCCGAACAUUCCUCCGCCUGUCCCUGUGUGCAACGGCUGCGGUGUGACGGGCGCAUCGUCCGACGGUCUGCUGGGCGUCCAUCUCGGCAAAGCCACUCAGAAAUACGGUCCUCCGGAGACUGGCGCGCAGGAGACGCUGCCGCCCAUCGGGGUGUUCUGGGACAUAGAGAACUGUGCGGUUCCCAGCGGCCGCUCGGCGGCGACCGUGGUGCAGAGGCUCCGAGAGCGCUUCUUCCAGGGACACCGCGAGGCCGAGUUCAUCUGCGUGUGUGACAUCAACAAAGAGAACAAAGCCGUUAUUCAGGAGCUCAACAACUGCCAGGUGACCGUCGCCCACAUUAACGCCACCGCCAAAAAUGCAGCAGAUGACAAACUGCGUCAGAGCCUCCGGCGAUUCGCAGAGACACACGCCGCUCCCGCCACAGUCAUCGUUGUUUCAUCGGACGUGAAUUUCGCCAGUGAGCUGAGUGACCUGCGGCAUCGCCACAGAUUCCAGGUGAUUCUGGUCCACAAGAGCCAGGCCUCGUCUGCUCUGCUGCAGCAUGCGCACCUGUGCGCCGCUUUCGAGGAGUUCGUCUCGGACCUGCCUCCCGGGAUGGUCGUCAAAUCUCAGCCCAGUUUCAGCCUUCUGUUUGUGCACCACCUCCCCACGCACCGCGACGCCAAAGCGGUGGCCAACCGGCUGCAGCGGCUCUCCACUAACUGUGGAGGGAAGGUGUUGGGCGUGUCGGGCGGCUGCGGCGUGCUGCGGUUCUCCAGCGCCGAGGCAGCAGAGCGCGCCCGCAAGCGCAUGGAGAACGAAGACGUGCUGGGCCACCGCAUCGUGCUGUCCUUCUCUCCCGACGGCCCAGAGGAGGAAGAGGAGCGCCGGCCUCCUGCCGCCGCCUCCUCUUCGGUCUUCCUGCCCGUGGAGAAGCCACGCUCGCCCCGUCGCCUGCGGCGGGCGUCUCACUCGUGCCAGGGCAGAAGCCACGCCCCCGAGCGCCCGUAUAGCCCCAGGAGAGCAGGCCACGCCUCCUCGUGCAGCCCUGUGAUGAAACCCCUCCCCCAGGCUGUGAGUGCUGUGACCCGACCCGUGACUGCCUCUCCCCAGAGUCUCACCGUCCCGUCUGCAGCCGUUAAACCGGCAGAGCCGCCGCUGCGCAGCCGCAGGCAUGACUCUCCUGGCCAGCCGUUUCAGGUCAGCACUCCUUCAGCGUUCAGUAAACUAAGUUUGCAGCGGAACUUCAGUCCCAUGAUGCUCUCUCAGAGCUCAUGGUCAUCACGGAGCGCGUCCCCCUGCCUGUCGAACCGCUCGUCUCCUCUGAGCGCUCCGUCCCCCAGCAUCUGCGCAGACGAGCCCUUCUCUGACGGAGUGGACGUUCAGGUCACUAAUCUGGACUACAGGAUGUCACGCAAGGACCUGCAGCAAAUACUGCGAGACGUGUUUGCUAAACACGGCAGAGUGAAGAGUGUGGAUCUGAGUCCUCACACUGACUAUCAGCUGAAGGCGCGGGUGCACAUGAGUUCGCUCCAGCAGGCCAUUGGUGCCGUCAGUCUGCUGCAUCGCUAUAAAAUCGGCAGCAAGAGGAUUCACGUGUCUCUCGUCACCGGAGCCAGUAACAAGUCUCUCACCUGCCUCAGCUCUGAGAUCAUCAGCAUCCUGCAGGACGCUCCGGCCAACUGCCUGCCUCUCUACAAGUUCACAGAGACGUAUGAGAGGAAGUUCGGUCGUAAUCUGGUGGUCAGUGAUCUGUACCGGCUGCCGGAGGUGGUGUGUGUGCGCGAGCAGGGCGGCGGGCGACUUGUGUGUCUGCUGUCCAGCACUCAGGCCCGGCAGAGCCCGCUAGGAUCGGCACACUCUCACGACAGCUCCAACACCGCCAGUCCGGUUCUGUUCGAGGAGCUGGAGUACCACGAGCCCGUCUGCAGACGACACUGCACUCAGCAGGACUUCAGUGAAUCUGAUUUUGAUCCGGAUUCUUACAUGAUCCCGUUUGUUCUGGUGUCUCUGAAAGUUCUGGCUGCUCAUGUCCACAGUUUACUGCAGAGUCACGAGGGAACGGUACCGCUGCUCAGUUUCCCAGAAUGCUAUGCAGCAGAGUUCAGUCCUUUAGCUGUUGCAGAGGAGGGGAAGCUGGAGGGAAGCGUCCCGUUAGAGCACCUCAUCACCUGCAUCCCUGGAGUCACUAUCGUAACGGCCCAGAACGGCUUCAAGAUCAUCAAGUGGAUUCACAACAAACCCCCGCCGCCCAACGCAGAUCCGUGGCUGCAGCGCAGUAAGAGUCCGGUUGGGAACCCACAGCUGAUCCAGUUCAGCCGAGAGAUGGUGGAUCUGAUGAAGAACCAGCCGUCCUGUUUGGUGCCCAUCACAAAGUUCAUUCCAGCGUAUCACCACCAUUUUGCCAAGCAGUGCCGUGUGUCCGACUACGGAUUCUCCAAACUGCUGGAACUGCUGGAGGCCGUUCCUCACGUGCUGCAGAUCCUGGGUCUAGGCUCCAAGCGUUUGUUGACGCUGACCCAUCGCGCUCAGAUCAAACGCUUCACUCAAGACCUGCUGAAGUUGCUGAAGUUUCAGGCCAGUAAACAGGUGGUGAUCGGGGACUUCAUGCAGGCGUAUCACUGGUGUUUCUCCAGGAACUGGCAGGUGGUGGAUUAUGGGAUGUGUGAUCUGAUGGACCUGUUGGCUGAGAUUCCAGACACGACGAUCACAGUCUCUCAGCAGGACGGUGACACGCUCAUCUCUGUUCCCAAGAGAGAGCGGACGGCGGAGGAGCUGGAGCGCACGCGGCAGUUUGGCAAAGAGGUGGUCGAUCUUCUGAGACAUCAGCCUCACUUCCGGAUGCCCUUCAGCAAAUUCAUCCCCACGUAUCACCACCAUUUCGGGCGCCAGUGCAAGCUCUCCUACUACGGCUUCACCAAACUCAUGGAGCUGUUUGAGGCCAUUCCAGACGUUCUUCUGGUGCUGGAGUGUGGAGAGGAGCGGCUGCUGGCGCUGACGGAGGUGGAGUGUGUGAAAGCGUUAGCGGCUCAGCUGGUGAAGCUGCUUCGAGCCCAGAGAGACUCCGGCCUCGCUGUCAGUCAGCUGCUGAGUGAAUACAGCAAGACGUUUGGCUACAGCCUCCGCCUGCAGGACUACGACGCCGCCACGCUGCCCGCCCUGCUCAACAAGCUCUGCCACGUGGUGAAGGUGGUGGACGCUCCCGAAGGGAAAGAGGUGCAGCUGAUUAACAGGAAGUCCCUGCGUGCCUUGACGUCUCAGCUGCUGGCACUGAUGAUGUCACUUCCUGAGGAUCGUGAUCAUCUCGCAGUGGAGGAGCUGAGGAAGCGGUACGAGCUCAGCUACGGCGCACCGCUCAACCCAUGCGAGUACGGCUUCAUCUCUCUGAGCGAGCUGCUAAAGAGCUUGCCUUACCUGCUGCAGCUCUCCGGAGACGAGCGGGACGAUGGCGGAGCAGAGGAGUGUGUGAGGCUGACCAGACUUUACCAGUUCGCCCGCAGCAUCCGAGCACUGCUGCACACCUAUCAUUAUAACCAGAUCUUCCUGUCGGAGUUCUGCGGCGCCUUCAGCAAAUACAGCGGCCGAGAGUUUCAGCCGCAGACGUACGGCUAUAAGACGCUGGAGGAGCUGCUGGCCGCCGUGCCACAGGUGGUCUGGAUUAAAGGUCACGGUCACAAAAAGAUCAUCGUCCUGAAGAACGACAUGAGAGCUCGUGGCAGUCCUGCGGUCACAGACAGUCCUGUGGUCACUGCAGACGAGCCGUGUCCUGAUGAAGAGCCCCGGUCAGCUGACAGCCCCGCCAGCGGUGAGCUGGAGCUGCUGUGUCUGGGUUCUGGUUCUCCGGUGGAUCUGCUGUGUGCUCCGGUCCCCUCCUGCCUCCCGUCUCCUCAGCUGCGGCCCGACCCGGUGCUGCUGCAGCCCAGAGAUCUGAUCUGCUUCGAGCCGCAUCCACACGGUCCGUCUCAACGAGAGCCGGUUCACGAUCGGCAGCCUCAGUCGGCCAACGGUCCCCUCGUGGCUUCGGCUUCUGAAAACGGCCCAGAUCACGGAGCGAGCGAUGCGGCGGAGCCCUCGGGCAAGAAAACGUGCGUCACAGACAGUCCCGGCCGGCGAACGGCACGCAACAAGACGACCACAAUGAACCCAGAAGCCUCUCAGAUUGUGACGUUCGCUGAAAUUAAUGAGCUUCAUGUGAAGUAACGUGGACGUUCAGCCUCAAGACACUGGAGGUCUUGUAUGAUUUUAGUCUCCACUAGAAAGUCCUGUUAGGAGUUUUUUUUUAUUUCUAUGUAAUGACCAAAUUUCUGUCAUGUAUAAUAAAUAUCACAAGCAUCAUUUUGUGUCCUGCUUUCAGUUGUGUUCCUCUUGUCGAAUAUCGCUGCUUUUCUGAUGGUUUUCAGCUGUUAAUAGUCCAGUACGAGCUGUUUGGGAAUGGACUUGAACUGCAUCUCCGAUCAUUUAGGGAAGAACUUUUGUCUCAAACAUACGACACACAGGGGUGCGACUGCACAUCUGCUGAGAGGUUUGCAAGAUCUGUGUUGGCUGCCACCUGAAUAUUA